AGAUAUGCGCAUUUACGCAAUCCUCUUGGUCAUGCUUGGAAUGGUUGUCGGAAGUUUGGGUUUGUUCCGAUCCUCUUUGCGGGGCAUUGCAACCGUUGAUCAAGAUACUGGCGAUAUAGUUUGGGUACCAAUGCCAGGAGAUAUUGAAAGGAACAUGAUUGCUAACAAGAGAGUUGUUUCAGAUGCGUAUUCUGCAGAUCGUACGAAUCAAAACGAUAAAUGAAGUAACACAUUCUAUUCGAUGC